UAAACACCAUCAAGCAGAUAGGUUACAAAAAGAAAAAAAUCAUUUGCCAAUGAUGGUCCCAUUACUGUACAUUUACAAAAUAAUUUUAUUUUUUGCAGACUGACAAGGAAGCCAAAGCUUUCUUAUACGUGGAUGCUGUGCUACACUUUGCUCGAUGUGGAAAAGCCAUUGAGCAAAAUGAGGAAUCAGAUUCUCGCUCAGCAAUUCAAAUGUACUCUGAGACACUGGAUCUUCUCAGGUACACAAUGCGCAACUUUGUGAACAAACAUACUCAUCGAUCUGAUCGUGUUCCAGAUAAACGACUCUCUGUUUUAUGUAUGAGGAUUCAAUCUAUAUUGUACAUGAGGCUGUAUAAAUUAAGGAAAGACAAUGUCAUGAGAAAUGUCAAGAUGGUCACAGAGCAUUUUAGGGGUCCUCCAAAAAGUACUCAAGCUCCUUCACCCUAUACAUCAAAUACAAAGACUACCGGCACCCCGUCCCCUCUCUCACCCACUCCAUCCCCCUCAGGAAGCGUUGGCAGUGUGGGAAGCAAUGGUAGCAAUGAAACUAUGACCACACCCUCUAGGAAUGGCAAACCCUCUUCAGGCUCUAAUGCAAUGACUUCACCUGUAAACGUGUGCAUUCCACAGAAGAUUCAUGCUAUGACCCAGCAGCAUGUUUUACUAGUUAAUAACUUGGUGUACAGUCAAGAUAUGUGGGACCAGGCUCAACCUGUUGUACUUGAAUUCAGAGAUUUCUUUAUGGAUCUGGAUCGGAAGUGUGGACCGCUUACCCUUCACAGUUCAAUUGUCCACUUGUUUGGGUACAUUGAAGAAGGCAUGAAGCGCAUCCAAGAUUCACUGAAGACUGAGAAGUCAUCUUGAUGCAGCGUAAUAUGAGUGAGGAAUGAACAUAAGCCAUUGUAAAUGAUCCUGUAAACCACAGACCGGACCGGAAUUGUGGACGUAGACAUUCACUCAAAUAGAAGUAGAACACCAUCUCAAUAAACAAAUGGUAGAUAAUAGUGAAGUCACAAUUAAUUUGCUAGUAAAUGAGGUAUAUUACUGAAGUGAAACUUUUGGGCAAGGGAAUACACAAACUGUAGAUUGUUUCAUAAUAAUAAUUAUAAUAGUUAUUACACCCAGUGGACAGUAUUGGACAGUAUAUGAAUAGUGUUGCACUAUAUAAAUAAUAUUUGGCAUCAGUCAUUUCCCAGAGAUGUGAAUUAAGUAAGAGUAUUAUCAUAUUCCUUGUUAUUGGUAUAUUUUGUAGAAUACAUGCAAUAUUUUUUCAUAUGGAAUAAAUAAAUAAAUAAACAAACAAGCAAACAGAAUAUAUGGUUAUCUCAGCAACCACGCCAGUCAGAAGCAAAUCAUAUCUACAGUGUACUAUAGUUUAUAAUUUUCUGGACUAUUUACCAGUUUAAGUAUGCAGGGCAUAUUUCAACCUUCUUAACGGUUUGCUUUUUAACAAUAUACUGACUAAAUGCCAAACCAGGUUUCCUGAAAGCUGUUUAGAAAUAUUAAUACAAGACUUACACUAUUUCUGUAUUUCUCAGCAUGACUGAGCAGGCAUCUAGGCCAAAGCUGCAUCUUGAAUUUCCACAUUAUCAACAUCUCAAGUUACUUUGCUGACUGUUUCUGUUUUUUUGGACGUGCUUAGCUUAAAUAAUAUGAUUUGAAGUUACUUGGCUGUUUGAAGAUGUUGAAAACAUUUUAGGUCCACAGUGUGUUUCAAGGGUUACAGUGUAUGUAUUGCAGAUUAAUGUCCAUUAAUCUUCAUUGACGACUGGGACCUUUCUUAAAUCCUAGAAUCCGUGUGCUGCCUGGUUCAGAGAACUAAAUGUUUAGGACGAGACCAGAGUAUUAUGAGAUCACUUAACUCAUGCGUGCCGAAUUGAGAACUUGGUACAAUGUGUUAUUAUUGGCAUUACAUCAAGUUUGCAGUUAAGACAGAAAACUGCAGAUCUCUUCAAUUUAUCUUGACAAUUUGUUCUUAGAACUGGAAAAUGUUUUCAACUUUUAUUUUGUAGUUUGUUCGGAUCUGCGUCUGAACUUUUAAAAGAAAGUUCUUAUGAAAUAAUGGGGAGGUUUAUGAUGCAGCUGGUCCAAUUGUCCCAGAAUUAUUUUUAAUCUUUCACCUUACUUGCCUUCAGUACAUUCCAUGUAGGAUGAUAGUGCAUAGCACACGUGAUAUGCUGUUUUGUACACGUGGAAACGAAAUUUAGCCAAUUGUAAGCAAGGUUAUAAAACUAAUCCCUUUUGAAGCUGAAAGCGUUGAUGAUAACGAAUGACAGAGUAUAUCAUUUGUAGAAAGUGUGUUAUUGUAUCAAAUUUAGGUCUAUUUUAUUUUACUAUGGUAUUAAAAAAGUUAGAGAAAUUUGAGUGGAAAUUUGACAAACAUUUUGAUUUCAAAGUUCUUUUCUUGCAGAUUCUUUUGCUUCAAUUUUCCGGGGGGGGGGAUCGUUUUUUCCUUUGAAUAAAGUAUUUAAAUGUUGGGGAGGUAUUUAACCGUAAACAGUUCUUUUAACCAGAGAAUUUUGUAUUUCUGUAAUGCAUGCUGUAGAAAGUGUCAUUGUUUUAUGAAUGGGUUGGUGUAAGCCGUAACAUUUUGAUAAUGUCUUCACAGUUUUACUUGACAUAUUUAGAGACCAUUCAGUCUUUUAGUUUCAAAUACGAACCGCAUAAUAUUUCUGGUAUUUUACAGAAGUGAAACCAUUUUAUAUGAGACUUUUUAUUUCCCAGCUUUUCUUGGAGUCAUGUGUUUUGCUAUAUGCGGUAAUUUCAUAUUUAGAUCAUUUUCAUACCGAAAAACAUUUCAUUUUGUUUGUAAUAAUGCACGGAUGUAGGCCAUUUUAAAAUUCAAUUUUACUGACUCGUGGACCCAUUUUGUAGACAUUUUGUUCCCAAGGAAAUGCUCCUGUAAAACUGUGAAGAAUCAUCAUUUUUCCAGGCUUUUUGUUUUUUUCAAAAGGGGUUUUGAACUACGGUUGUUAGCAGCAAAUUUUUCUUUCUCAAUAUCCGUUUUUCCUUCAUAAUGAAUCUCAUUAUCAUAAUUUAUUAAAGGGUGAAAGGAAUAGACCCAUUUUUUGUAAAAUAGAUUUCUAUGUUAUAUAAUGUCGUUCAAAGCUACCUUCAAAAAUCUUUAGGUUUUCACAGGCCUUCAGGGCGCGGCGACCGCUUUAAUAAGUGAUUUUAUGCCUCGUGGGAUGUCUUGACCUGCUGUAAUUGUCGACACCAUUCUGACGCAUUCCACCAUUCAAAAUAUUUGUUUGAAACAUGCCCUAAUCAAAGGGUUGGCAUUUUUUUAGCGGAAAAAGGUGCAGCAGAGUCAAGUGACAAAUGGUGUAACAAUUACCUGCAGGUCUAUGGAACCCCGUUAAGCCUCUCUCCUACAUUUGAUACAUUUCUGUUGUUUACUCAAUACUUUCGUUUUUCUGUCUGUCUGUCCGAACUGAGGUAAAUAAAAUUAUCGCAUACUGUAAA